AUGGCGGCUGCAUGCCCGCCGGCGACGUAUGCUGCCCUGGUGGCGGUCACUGCGACGCCGGAGACACAUGUCAUGUGGACGGUUGUUGUCCUUUCGGUAAAGUGUGCUGCCCUGGCGGUGGAUACUGCGACGCCGGACAUACAUGCACAGAAGAGGGGAAGUGCAGAAAGGUGGGCGGCAGCGAUGGGGCUGGCACAGGGCAGUGUGGGAUCGGAAAGGCAAGCUGCGGUGUGCUGCCCUGGCGGUGGAUACUGCGACGCCGGACAUACAUGCACAGAAGAGGGGAAGUGUCGGAAAAGCGUUGAAACUGGUAACGCUGGUGGCGAUGCUAAGCGCAGCACGACGUCUAGCCAGCAGCAGUCAAGGACGGCGUCUUUUCCCGAAACAACGCCGCCGCUUGAGGAUCUGCCCGAGCCGACGCAGGCGUUAUUGACCACAACUUCGUCCACGUCAAUAAGGAAGGGAGGCGAGAUCGAUUUUGAGGCAACCUUGACUCCGAGUACGCGCGCUGGCGACCAGACGUGGACACCGACAAAUCGAGCAUCGGCGACGGCAACAUUACUGGGCAGCAACAACAUCUGCAAGCGGGCAAAGGGAGGUAGCGGGGGAGGUAAUAGUGGAGGCGGAGGCGGCAGUGGCGACUCUGAUUCUGGCAGCAGCAGUGGUACCACUACGAAGCCAGGGGACGACGGUGGAGCUGCUGGGUGCCCUUCUGCUGCGGUCAGAGUGUUGGGCAGACUGUCUACUUGUAUGGUCUUGGUGGAAGUCGCUGCAGUUGCCUGGGGUGCGGCCAUGUUAUCAUGGUAA